UAAAGCUUUAUUUGGCGGAAUAUUUUAUGUAAGCAUAGGUUUUGAUUGAACGCAGAAUUUCUAGAACAAUCCUGGUUGAUUUAUGAAUUGAUUGAUUUGUUUUCGCUAUGAGUGAUGGGGGAAGGUAUGAGAAUAGCAGAUAUUGGCAAAAACCAGAUCAGUCUCACGCACUUCAAAAAUUUCAGACAUUUUUGCAUAAUUAUUGAUAAAAUAUUGUCUCAUUCAACUGGGUCAGGUUAUCUUGCAAAAAAUAGUUGGGGAAUGACCUUGUGUCGAUAAUGCGAAUACAGUUUCAUCUGAGAGCCUUUUUAUUGAAAAUAUUGGAGCUGCUUUAAAUAUUCCAUAGAAACUUCCCGGUAAUUCUUCGCUUCCAAAUAAUCUCGAUUCAACUGCAUGAACAAAAGAUCAAAAUUACUAAUCAAAUUCACAUAAUGAAGAGCUGUUCUAUUGGAGAUUAGUUUUUCAAAUAUGAACCAGCUUUUUUUUAUCCCUUUCUGAGCCUUUAUUAUAAUAACAUUUUUAAAUCAAAACAAAUUAUCCGUAAUUUAAGAAAAAUGAAUUUCUGCGAUAAAGUAAGCACGGCACAAUUGAGGUAAACGACGGUCUUGGUAAAAUCACGAUUGUUAAUACAAAAUAAAACUAUAACGGCAGUCUUUGGCUGAAAUUUUGGCGUCACGGUCCCAAAAUGUUAUUAUGGAAACGAGCUUAAUAUUCGAGGUUGGUCAAGUUGCAAGGCUGCUACCAAGUAUGCGGCGGAAUUGGUUUUGCUCUUGCCAUUGAUAAAUCCGCAUCUGCGGUAAACACUGCAGACACCUGUCGGCUAAGACAUAAAUCAGAUUUAAUUUGGAGAUUUACUUAUAACCAAACGAGCUCAUACUUUCCAACUUAGCCCGUAACAUACCACCACAUACCAUAACAAUACAACACAAUUAUCUGUUGCUUCUCUAGGCAAUAACAGUACAUACACAAUCGUGAGUAAAGGUUGAUGCAAAAACCGUUAUGAUUAUCUUAAACUCAAAAAGAAAGAAAAAAAUAUUGCAAAGAGCCCCCUUAAUUAACCGUAUAACUAACUUUUAAAAAAGUUAAUAUUGACUGCGCAAGGAUACUGAGCUCUAUAUAAAUGAUCAAAACUAACUAAUUAUUUGAUAUUUAUCUGAAAUCGCAACAUUUUUUUUUACCAAUUUGAUUGACCCUUAUGUCUCAGACGACGUACAAUUCCAUUAAUAAUGGCGAUACCUCCAGCGACAAUUUAGACGAGAGUGGAACCUUCACAUCUGGCCAAUUCAGUCCUGAGAACAGUCUCAACCAGAGCAUCACAUCCACCACACCCAUUUUGAAGAACGCGGGAGGGGCGGCCAAUCUGCAGUCUAUCAUGGAGGAGGGAAGAUCCCAAGCCUCCCAUCAACCCAAAAACGGACUCUGUGUCGCACAGGACCAUGAUCAGGAUGGAGUGGAACAUGAGGAGGAAAUUGAACGCGAGUUGUGGGCCAAGAAAGUUGACUUCUUGUUAAGUGUAAUCGGGUUUGCAGUGGACCUGGGCAACGUAUGGCGCUUCCCCUACAUCUGCUAUAAAAAUGGCGGCGGUGCUUUUCUUUUACCUUACUCAAUAUGCUUCCUAUUUGGAGGACUGCCUUUAUUUUUUAUGGAGCUGGCCCUCGGUCAGUAUUAUCGGACAGGAUGCAUCACCCUAUGGAACAAACUAUGCCCAGCCAUGAAAGGACUGGGCUUCGCGAUUAUUUUUAUAAAUAUGUACAUGAGCUUUUUCUACAAUACUGUUAUUGCAACAGCCUUUUAUUAUCUGUAUUCAUCAUUCACCCUUACUUUACCCUGGGUCUCAUGUGGAAAUCCAUGGAACGAUGAAAACUGUCUAGCUAUUGGACAAACUGCAAAAGCAAAUCAGACCUUUACAGAAACGCCAGCCAGUCAAUACUACACGAGGUAUGUACUGGAGAACUAUAAAGCAGCGGGUCUCCAUGACAUGGGAGGUCUGAAAUGGGAACUUUCAGUAUGUCUGAUGUUCGUGUUCAUCGUUGUUUAUUUCUCUCUGUGGAAGGGAAUCAAAGGAUCAGGAAAGGUUGUUUGGAUUACGGCAACUGCGCCUUAUAUCAUUCUGUUUUGUCUGCUAAUUCGAGGUCUGACGCUACCUGGUGCAAUGAUGGGAGUCAAGUACUACUUAACUCCAGUGCCCGAGAAAAUUCUAGAAAUUACGGUGUGGAAAGAGGCGGCACAGCAAAUCUUUUUUUCCUUGGGACCCGGUUUUGGCGUCCUCCUGGCUCUAGCCAGUUACAACCCCUUCCACAACAACUGCUACCGAGACGCCAUUGUGACUUCAGUUAUCAACUGCCUCACCAGUUUUUUGGCUGGAUUCGUCAUUUUCUCCGUUCUCGGAUAUCUGGCAGUCAAGCAGGGAAAGAACAUAGAAAAUGUGGCCAAAGAAGGCUCUGGUUUGGUGUUCGAAGUGUACCCGGAGGCAAUAGCUAAUAUGCCCUGGUCCACCCUGUGGGCACUUGUGUUCUUCUUCAUGCUGAUCACACUCGGCCUCGACAGCACAUUUGGUGGUCUGGAGUCGAUCAUCACUGCACUGAGUGACCAGUUCCCCAACGUGCUAGGCAAGCACAGGGAGUGUUUUGUUCUAGUCCUCAUCACCUGCUGCUUCUUCGGGGCACUCCCAACCACCACCAGAGGAGGAAUGUUCAUGGAGCGCAUCUAUGCGGAAUAUGGGACUGCCAACCCGAUGAUUAUUGUCGUACUAUUGGAAACAUUGACUGUUUGCUAUUGCUACGGAUUCAAACGUCUGCGAGAUGAUAUCACAGAGAUGAUUGGGAUGACUCCUGGCCAUUACUGGGUAUUGUGUUGGGCAUUCUUGGGACCAGCUUUUCUAGUCAUAAUAACGUGUUUCUCCAUCCGAGACUUGAGUUUCCUCUCCCAACAGCCGGACAGCAUGGAGGUGUACCCCUGGUGGUCGGACAUCGUUGCAUACUGCAUCUUCUUCUCUUCGCUUAUCUGGAUACCUGGAUACAUGAUAUUCUGUUUCUUCACCACACCUGCACCCACCAUCUCACAGAAAAUACAGAAGAUGUUUCAAGCUGUCCCUGUCAGACGCAGGGUAGAACGGAAACCCGACGGGCAGCCUGAUUCAGCAGGCGUUGGAGGAUUGAAUCCAGGUGGGACCAAUGCUACUGCAGGGAUUGAAAGCACACCAACGAGUGAACAUUUUGUUGCGGGAUCAAAGUUCACAGAGCAUGAUAAACAAGUAGUGAGCAGUGUUUGAACAUAUUUGGGACAAAGGUCGUCAGCCUGAGGGCGCCAGUGGCGGAAAGAUGAAAAGCAAUUAAAACAAAGGAACAAAAGAUUUUUAUCUGAUAAUUUAUUUAAUCCAAUUUGAAUAAGACCGAGUAAUUUGUGGAAUAUUUGAUAAGGACAUAAUGCACCUUCCCCAGGGAAGACCUUCAGUUUCGUAGGAUAAAAAAUUGUACCAACCAAUUACUCAGUUCUCCCUUGCUCCAUUACCUUAUUCUAAUUCUCGCAUUCUUUUAGAUUGUAAACUAAAAAAUAGACCGAACUAUAAUCCUACUACUUCUGCUACUGUUAUUGCGUAUCUUUUGUACUUCCAUAGAUUAGCUGUAGGGCUCACUAUUGAUCAAGGUUGUUCCGUCUUGGAGCCGGAAAUUGUAAAUUUCAACGGAUUUAUAUUUAAUUGACCUGAAGUUUUGACGUAUAGAUGAGGUGAUUUAUAUUAUUAAUUAUAUAGACAUAGAAUGAAAAUACUAGUAGGUGACGUGUAAAUUUGUAAAUCUGUAAAUGUACUCUGAAACCCUAUUAUGUAAACUGUAUUUUAUUGAACACUUAAAUAUAGCUCCUAUUUGAAUUUUUAUUAUUCUUCAA